AUGUUUACAAGGCGUUUUAUCCAUCCGGCAUGCCUAGAGCAGUGCCCGCGGCAGUUCUUCCAGUCGGCAUUCCAUCAACCUUCUCGCAGUCCGGCAUGGCGUUUCUUCUCCAACUCUCCUCUGUCCAGAGCCCCGAAACCGAGCAAUGCCUCGCGAAAACCCACAACGACACAGAAAAAGCACCAAGACGCAGAUGAAAUGACUCUGAAGUUCGCAGGGAAACGGCCGGAGGGGUUUGGCAAGCUAGACCGCAAGGUAGCCAAAGAAGGAUCGGUGGUUCUCUACCGGGCGCCCUCCCACCGGAGUUAUAUCCUAGGCGCGUACGGCAUAGCGGCCUUUUCGUUUGCCUAUUCGAUUUACAAUUCCAACAUCGUGUUUCGAGACCCUAUCAUGCCGCUCCCUACGUGGCAGAAAACCUUGUUUGGUGGCAUCUGUAUCGUGAUGAGUGUCAUGGGCACGGUCUUCCUGUUCAAGACAGGUCGCUUAAUAAAAACUGUCACGGCCGUGUAUUCCAACGGCCAGACGCAGCUUAACUUUUCGGUUCGCCGGAUCAUCCCAUUCAUGAAGCCCUGGGAAUUUACUGUGAUGCCUCGCCAGCUGGUUAUCUCGCGCCGACUUGUGGUUCACCCCGAUGCUCUGAGACAGACAGGGACCUCUACGCGUCCGGAGGAUGUCACCUUCUUCAAGGCCCCACUGAAGAAAGUCAGCAUGGCCCUUUGGAAAGUCUUCCGCUCCGUGAGACAGAUUUUCACUCAAGAAGACUUUGUCAUGCUGGAGAUGCAAGGGCUCAAGGGCGCCUUCCGAAUGGACUCCAAGGGCUAUCUCUCUGAAGACUUCCUCGCUAUUGGAGACCCGCUGAGCGUCAAGCUCCCCCCACGCCGACAGUGA